AAAAAAUGAAAUGAGAGAAGGGAAAAACGUAUAGAGCCCCUAAAAAAAAUAAUGGUGGUAUCGCGUAUUAAGCAGAAACGCAAACUUCGAAGACUAUAAAUACGUUGGAAGAAAUUUAGAGAGAAAAUCUAUAGACCUUUUUAGAGAGAGAAAGCGGAAAUUCAACAGCAUCGCACAAGAUAUUUUACGCACCAGCGCCUCCGAUCGCACAUCCUCUGCCCCAAAUUAGGGUUUCUUUAUCAUCUACCUUUAAUCAUAUCCGUUGAAAAAUAUCUCUGCCUGGAAAACGGUUGUGGCGUUGGAGGUAUUUUUUGACAGGGGAGAGGAUUUGUGUGAUUUUGCGUGCUUUUGAGUAUGCCUGCUACGUGGUCUGAAUCUGUCGAGAAGGCUCCUACCGGUGGUGGUGUAGGGGCUACUUCUCAUGCUUCUAGAAGUACUUAUGUUCCGCCGCAUCUUAGGAAUAGGCCUCCUUCAGCCUCAGCAGACCCUCCUCCUCCCUCGGCUGCAGUUUCCUAUGCUGGAACCUUGGUGGGAAAUGAACCCCAGGGAUAUGGUGGUUCGGCAGUAGGUGGAUUUCAGUCGUAUGGUCCUAGAAAUGAUAGAAAUGGAGGUGGUCUCAGUCGUGGUGGUGGUGGUGGUGGUAGUGCUUGGAAUAACAGAAAUGGUGGUUGGGAUCGUGGGAGGGAAAGAGAGGCUAAUCCUUUUCAAGAUGAUGGAGUUGCAGAACCAGAAUUUGCGGUACAGGAAAAUUCUGGGAUCAAUUUUGAUGCAUACGAGGAUAUUCCGGUGGAGACAAGUGGGAAAGAUGUUCCACCUCCUGUGAAUACAUUUGCCGAGAUUGACUUGGGUGACGCCUUAAAUAUGAACAUUAAGAGGUGCAAGUAUGUGAAACCUACACCUGUGCAGCGGCACGCUAUACCAAUAUCCCUCACUGGGAGGGAUUUGAUGGCCUGCGCUCAGACUGGUUCGGGAAAGACUGCGGCAUUCUGUUUCCCGAUAAUUAGUGGAAUCAUGAAAAGUGGCCAAUCUGCUCAAAGACAACCACGUAUGCCACGCAUGGCAUUUCCGCUCGCUCUCAUUCUUUCUCCAACUAGGGAGCUUUCAAUUCAAAUUCAUGAAGAAGCUCGAAAAUUUUCUUAUCAAACUGGCGUCAAGGUGGUUGUUGCUUAUGGUGGUGCACCAAUCAAUCAACAGCUUCGAGAACUUGAAAGAGGUGUGGACAUACUCGUUGCAACUCCCGGACGUUUAGUUGAUCUGUUGGAAAGGGCUAGAGUCUCGUUACAAAAUAUUAGGUACUUAGCCCUGGACGAAGCGGAUAGAAUGUUGGACAUGGGUUUUGAACCUCAAAUACGGAGAAUUGUGCAACAGAUGGACAUGCCUCCACCUGGUGUAAGACAAACAUUGCUAUUUAGCGCCACAUUUCCAAAGGAGAUUCAGAGACUAGCUGCAGAUUUUCUUUCGAAUUACAUAUUUCUGGCUGUUGGAAGAGUUGGUUCUAGCACUGAAUUGAUCCUCCAAAGAAUUGAAUAUGUGCUUGAGACUGACAAAAGAAGUCACCUGAUGGACCUCCUCCAUGCACAAAGAGCAAAUGGCGUUCAGGCCAAGCAAGCACUAACAUUAGUUUUUGUUGAGACAAAGAAAGGAGCUGAUUCGCUUGAACACUGGCUUUGCACUAAUGGCUUUCCUGCUACAUCUAUUCAUGGUGACCGAACACAACAGGAGCGAGAAUAUGCGUUAAGAUCUUUCAAAAGUGGCAAAACUCCAAUUCUGGUUGCAACUGAUGUGGCAGCACGCGGCCUUGACAUCCCUCAUGUUGCACAUGUCAUCAACUUCGACCUUCCUAAUGAUAUUGACGACUAUGUCCACCGUAUUGGACGCACUGGGCGUGCUGGUAAAACAGGACUGGCCACUGCUUUUUUCAACGAUAACAAUGCCUCGUUGGCGAAGCCAUUGGCUGAUCUAAUGCAAGAAGCAAACCAAGAGGUUCCUGCUUGGCUGGCGCGCUUUGCAGCUCGGUCUAACUUUGGUGGUAGGAACCGCCGAGGGCAAGGUGGUGGAGGAAGAUUUGGUGGCCGUGAUUUCCGCAAAGAUUCCUCCUACAAUAGAGGUGGAAUGGACAUGUAUGGUGGUGGCAGCAACAUGAACAAUGGAUACAACCAAUCUGGCGGAUAUGGUGGAGGCUAUGGUUCUGCUGUGACUAGCGCCUGGGACUGACAACAUUCGACACUCUCAACCCGGAACCCUUCUGCUCCAUCAUCGGCUGUGGGGGUAGCUGCAGUGUGGCCAUAUACAAUCCGGGGAUGUUGCAGGCGAUGCAGCUGGGAUGUACGGUACACGAGGCUCUCCUGCUGGUACUUUCGUUUACCCUACUAAUUCUCGUAGCGACGGAUUAGAGAGCAUUUCUAGCAGUGUAUACAUCUGUCAGGCAUAUUCUUUUUCAACCCUGUGGGUUGUAAAUAGCGCUCCUGCAGAUAACCCUUUCAGUUGAGUGAUGAAAACCGUUGAUGCUGUUGUAUUAUUCUAGGAUUAGUAUCUAGGUUUCUUCAGCAAACUACCAACUCUUUUUAUUUACCAUCUCCACUCUAGACUUGGCUUAUUUGUAAAUAUGCCUCUUUAUUCAUGUUUAUUGUCAUCCUCUUUUCAUACUCA